GUACACCAACAAAUCUGCUCAUGUGGAUUCAGUCUGAACAUUCAGUGCUGCAGUGUCGUGUCAGCUCUCUUUUGAAAACCUGUGAUUCAGAGCGACAGUAUAUUUCUUCCCCCUGUUCCUUUCACGCCUUGCAGUCUCUGAAUGAAUCCGCUCCGUCUGACAUGCAGCAAAGAAAAAGGCUUUCCUCGAGGCCACCUUACUGCAGGCGACCGUUCAAAGAGUCUGUUUCAUGUCCACACCGAGGAGCCUCAGGAGCAGAAAUCCACGCAGAGAAUACAAAGCAGGUGGCACAUCAUUACCGUUGUUCUUUUGUACUGCACAGAAUUUUUGUUGAUCCUCUCAAGAAAGCGAGGACACGCAGACUCAUCGUUUCAAACCAUUACGAGGCGCGUUUUCCUUUGAAAUAACAAAAACAACAGCAAACUUUCAACCUGCUGCAUUUUUCAGGCCCUCAAAGAGCUUUUCUUUUUCUUUUUUCUUUUUUCUUUUGCUGCCGGAUUUGCAUAGAGUGAUGUCAAAGGGGCGUGUCAGUCAGGAUUACAAGCUGAGAAGAUUGAGUAAUCACUAUGGAUACAGCUUUUAUAGUUUUCCAUGUGUUGCUCUUGUGUGGAGGUAAUGUUGGGCAGUUUCCUGGACUUCACUUUUUCACUGCUUGCUCUGUUUUGUUUCGCUUAAGAUCCCAUUCUCUCACUUGGUUUUGCAACUACAACCAAGUAAGAGGCCCUUUCAGAAGUGAACUUUAUGAUGGAAUAUACUGGACCAUGGAGAAAAUAUGGAAUUUUAUUGUUUAAUUUGCUGGCGUUUCAUCCCGUGUCCUCUCAUGAACCUUCGUCUGAAAACUCAGUGAAUGUGAGCAGCGAGAGGCAGUUUGCAGAUAUCGUCUUAGGGCAGCAUACGCUCCCCUCCUGGUAUUAUACAUCUAUUGAUGCUGUGCCCAAGCAUGGCAUGGUCGGCUUACAGUCUCACAACAGAUGGCGAACACAGAUGGCUUUCUCCAAAACUGUUUAUUCAUUUGAAGUGAAAGAAGACACAGUACCAGGAACAGUUGUGGGAAAGGUGGAAGCAGUGCUUGAGACUCUCACGCCUAUCACAUACUCAGUGCAGGAGGAUGACGGCGAGAACCUGUUCCUCCUCAGCCCCCUCUCAGGGGACUUCCUUUUAUCCCGCAGCCUGGAUUUUGAGGCACAAAGCCUCUACGUACUUUCUGUGGUGGUGCGGCAGGGGGAUUCGCAGGUGUCCAGUGUCAGGGUGUACUUCAAUGUGUUAGAUGUGAAUGACAACCCCCCCGUUUUUAGCCAGGAUACCUUUUCUGCGUCAUUGCUGGAAGAUGCACGAGCUGGCACCUGCUUCCUGUCCUUGAAUGUGUCAGAUGAAGAUGACGGUGACAAUGGACACUUGAAACUGAAGGUGGUCGGAGGAGAUGAAGACAAAGUGUUCUUCAUAAACCCAGCUGGUAUUUUGUGCCUGAAAACAGAGUUAGACAGAGAGAGACAACCCCUCUACAAUCUGACUGUGACAGCCAAUGACUGCGUGCAGCCGGUGUCUCUGCAGUUCACCAGCACGGCGCAUGUUAUCGUGAUGGUCGAUGAUGUCAACGACAACGCGCCUUUGUUUGUGUCACCCAAAAUAGUCAGUAUACCAGAGGACGCUGCACUUCAUUCUGUCGUAAUGACCGUACACGCUGAGGAUGAGGACAUUGGAUCCAAUGGGGAGAUGUUGUAUUAUUUGAACAACACGUCUGGGGGCGCUUUCGGCAUCAAUAACACAAGUGGAAAAAUAUACCUGGAGGAGGAAUUAGACAGAGAACAGGAAGAUACCCUGACUGUAACUGUAACUGCUGCUGAUAAAGGCUCACCAAGGAUGGCAACCACUAUGAAUCUCACGGUGCACGUUGAGGAUGCGAAUGACCAUGACCCCGAGUUCCCACAGAGGGCCUACAGCCUGACUGUCAGAGAGGACAUCCCCAGAGGAACGAGCCUGUUCCAGGUUCAGGCCCUCGAUCGGGACAUCGGGAUGAAUGGACAAGUGCGGUACAUGUUGACCCAGGCGAGUCCGUUUGUGGUGGACACUGUUCGAGGUGUCGUCACCGUCAUGGAUAAACUGGACAGGGAGAAGGAGUCAAACUACACUUUAAUCAUAACAGCUGUAGAUCAGGGGGAUACACCCAGAUCUGCUACCGCUGCUCUCAGCGUCACGGUGUUGGAUGUGAAUGACUUUGCUCCCAUCUUUACUCCAGAGACACUCACCAUACAUGUAACGGAGAAUGAGGAGGAUCCGGCUCAGUUGACACAUCAGGUGUCAGCUUUGGAUGAAGAUUUAGGUGUCAACAGCCAGCUUACAUAUUUUAUACAGGCAGGAAACAGUGAUGGUUUAUUCACCAUCACCCCCAGCGGCACGUUUCAUAUUUCACACAGCCUGGACAGAGAGAGGCAAUCGGUGUACUCACUGACCAUCAUUGCUGCUGAUUCCGGAUUGCCAUCUCUAACGGGAACUCUAUCCAUGCGUGUCACGGUGGAUGAUGUUAAUGAUAACCGUCCAGAGUUUACAGAGGAGGAAUACAACACCAUAGUAUCUGAGGACAGUCCUACAGGCACUGUGUUCGCCAUGAUCACGGCAUCUGAUGCUGACGAGGGUGUCAGUGGUGAAGUAAGGUAUUCCAUGGAGAACCUCGAUGUGCCUAUUGCCAUUGACGAAACAUCUGGAGAGCUGUUUACCACUGAUGUCCUGGACAGGGAGACCGUAGCCAUCUACAGGUUGACGGUGAUCGGCACAGAUAAACAUCCCACUCGGCCUCUGUCAAGCUCAGUGCUUGUUACAGUGCUGAUCGGAGAUAUCAACGACCACUGGCCCCAGUUUAUGAACAGCCCGUAUGUGGCCUAUGUGCCCACCGAGUUGGCUGCAGGCUCAGUUGUUUGUGCAGUAAGAGCAACAGAUGGAGAUGCUGACAUGAAUGCAGAACUGCAGUAUUCAUUAUAUGGACAAAAUUCUGAUCUGUUUUCCAUCCAUCCAUCCAGCGGCACUGUAUUUACUUCAAGUGCUCUCCAGAGAACAGAGGAUAUUAUCGUCAAUGUACAUGUGGAGGAUGCUGGAGAAAGUCCAAAAUUUCACUUCACUACCAUCAGCGUCAGGUUUCAGAACGUGUCUGAGUUUCCACAUAUGAAUGUGGAUGUUCUGAGGAGUUCCCUCUCCGAGGACGAGCCCCUGGAGACUUUAGUGGCAGUCGUCUCUGCAGUGAGCAUUAGAGCUCAACCCGUCUCUUUUUAUCUGGCUUCUGGAAACUUUGAAGACACGUUUCAUGUGGAGCAAUUAAGUGGAGAGUUGACAGUGGAGAACCCUCUGGAUUAUGAAACCAAAAAGGAGUUUACUUUGUUGAUGGAAGCCAGAGACUCCGGCUCGCCUCCUUUCUCUUCAUUUGCAGAAAUUCACAUAAACAUCAGCGAUGUAAACGAUAACUUCCCUCAGUUCACCCAGGCUGAGUACAGGUGUGAGAUUUUUGAGAACUCCCCGCCGUCCUGGGUUUGUGAUGUUCUUGCGAUUGACGCUGAUUCAGGCAGUUACGGCACAGUGCAGUACAACAUAACGGACGGAAACGAUGAUCAUUUAUUCACAAUUGACCCUGAAAGUGGCUUAUUGAGCACCACUGCAAGUUUAGACAGAGAAAACAUCCCUGAGUUCAAUUUUACAGUCGAAGCUACAGAGCCGAACGACCCUCUUCAUAAAGACAGAGCGACUGUUAUUGUUGUUGUCUUAGACAGAAACGACAACGCACCGCGUUUUUCACGGGUUUUUCUCACAGAGACACCUGAGGAUUCUCCAGCCGGUCACACAGUUAUACAAGUCACCUCAAGUGAUGAUGAUACAGGUGCAAACGCAAUGAUUAACUACUCCAUAAUCGACCAAAGUGAUGAUAUGCCAUUUGCUAUUGACCAUACCACUGGUUACAUCACUGUUCAGAGACCUCUGGACAGGGAGAUGCAUGAUCGUUACAUCCUGAAAGUAAACGCAAAUGAUUCAGCCUGGAGCAUCAGCACUGACGUCAUUAUAGACAUCACAGAUGUCAAUGAUAACAGACCAGUAUUUUCUGAUCACUUUCACACUGUUGUCCUGCCUGAAACGAAAGAUAAAGAGGUGUUUGUUGUGCAGGUCCAUGCUACUGAUGCAGACUUGGGGCAGAACAGUGAGAUUUUGUAUGUUAUUGAACCUCCAAGUGAGGAGUUUUGGGUGAACACCUCCUCUGGUGAGAUCUAUACCAAACAGCCACUGAUGUUAUUUAAUUCUGCUUUUGAAAUCUACCAGUUUACAGUCAUUGCGUUUGACUGUGGCAAUGUUCCUCUGUCCAGUGACACCACUGUCACAGUGAGACUAGAACCAUACAACCACUACCGACCGAUGUUUUUACCUUUUCAGCCUCUGAUUGCCAUCCCGUAUCACAUGGCUGUUGGUACUGAGGUAGUCCAGUUUACAGCCAUAGAUCAGGAUGUCAACAAUAGCAGUGCUGGUAUUGAAUAUGUUUCAAAUGGAGGUAAUGCGUCCGAUUUCUUCUGGAUUCAAGCAAACAAUGGGAAGGUGAUGUUAAAUCAAAGUUUGGAGGAGAGCGUACUUUUGUUUCUCACUCUAUCAGUUGCAGCAAAAGAUCAGGGCUUCCCUUCUUUGUGGUCUCAGACCGAAAUCACUUUUGAAAUUACUGGAAAGAAUCAAUUCUCUCCAAGCUUCAGAGAGCCAGACAUCACUUUCUCUGUCCCUGAGGACUUGUCUGUAGGUUCAGUAAUCAGGAAAAUUCAAGCGGAAGAUAGGGAUUAUGGUCCCAAUGGUGCCAUCAUGUACAGCAUUACCCCGGAAGAUCCACUUUUACCAUUCUCUGUGGGAGAAGCCUUAGGGCUGCUAACUCUGAUCAGAGAGCUUGACUUUGAAACAGAAGGUUUUUAUCAGCUCCAGAUCAAAGCCACGGAUGGCGGCUGGGUCUCUAAAACCGGCAUGUUGAAUGUUACAAUAGUAGUUAUGGAUGUAAAUGACAAUCCUCCAGUCUUUUCUUCCUCCGAGUAUAUCACCUCAGUUCCUGAAAACUCAGAGAUAGGAACAAGUGUCCUUGAUUUAAAGGCUGCUGAUGCUGAUUCAGGCACAAAUGCACACAUUUCCUACUCUCUUGUCGCUGGCCAUGUGGAUAAAUUUGCUAUCGAUUCAACAAACGGCACAAUCACCACUUUGGACAUCUUUGAUAAUGAGCAACAGCAGACCUUUGAUAUAACAGUCAAAGCUUCAAACAUCGGUUUAUUCAGUUUGGUGCACGUUGUCAUCCAAAUCUCAGAUGUCAAUGAGUUCAGACCAACCUUCAGGGAAAAACAAUUUCACUUUUCAGUGUUUAAAAAUGUGCCUGUUGGAACGAGGAUUGGAAAAGUAACAGCGACAGAUGAUGACGAUGGCUCUGAAGGUCAGGUGUUCUACCUGAUGUUCGGACAAAACAAAUAUAUGGGUUUUGAAAUCACCAAACUAUCUGGUGAAAUAUACACAACAGGCAGUUUGAGGAAACAAGGCAACAGUGAGGUGGCUUUAAAAGUGCUGGCGAGGAACAAAGGCGUUGUUACUGGGACGGAUGUGGACGAGGCUUUGGUCCACGUCAGUGUGAUCGACACAAACGACGCACCAACAUUCAAGUCUACGUUUUAUUUGGCCAAUGUUACAGAGAACAGCCCGGUUGGGACGUCUGUGAUUACGGUGAGCGCUCUGGAUCAGGACUCCAUCUUGGACUGGAAUCGUUUCUUCUACAGUAUUGAAAAUGGAAAUGCAAACUUCUCUUUUGCUGUUGAUCCAUCCAGUGGUGUUAUCUCAGUAAACUCUCUACUCGACAGAGAACUAUUGGCAGUUUACAAUCUGACUGUUACAGCCACUGAUAAUGGCUCUCCACCAGCCACUGGGACUACUAAUGUCAUCGUGAUUAUAGGUGACAUUAACGACAACGCUCCCACACUCACAUUCACGGAGGCUCAAGUGCAGGAAAAUCAGCCUCAAGGCACAAUAGUUGCCAGACUCACUGCAUCUGAUUCUGACUUACCGCCAAACCAGGGACCUUUCACCUACUGGUUGGUAAAUCCCUCAGCAGAUUUUUCUCUGACUCCUGAUGGAGUGUUAUUCACCACACAAGCUACUGAUAGAGAGCAAAUCUCUGCACAUCGACUCCUUGUUGGUGUUCAGGAUGCAGGGAUCCCUCUGCUGUCUUCAACAACGAUGAUCCACAUUAAGAUAGCGGACGAAAAUGAUAACCCAUCACUGCCGAGAAAUAUCUUCAUCGAGGUGAAAUAUUUUGGCAGUUCUUUCCAAGGAGGCCUGAUUGGUAACGUCCAUCCUGAGGAUCCGGAUGAGUCGGAUACAUUCACCUGCACCAUCAAAAAUGGAGCGCUUAAUAUGUUUACGAUAGCUAAUGGAUCAUGUGAGCUGUGGUCGUCUCCUUUCCAAGGCGAGGCGACGUUUAACGUCACUAUCGAAGCCACAGACCAUCUUCACUUCCCUGUCAACAACAGCAUCUACGUAAACUACAAAGGUUUCACAAAUGCUUCCAUCGACAGCUGCAUAUUCUUCUACAUGUCAUCAUCCUCAAUGGAGGAGUUUUUGUCUAGUAAAUACUUGAGAUUCGUGAAGGCUCUGGACAGUCUCUUUAACCUUCAGGCAUCUAAGACUCAUGUGUUUGGGAUUAAGCAUAUAGGCAGCGAAAUCCUCCUUUUGGCUGCAGUUAAAACUUACAACGGUCAAUACCUCAGCAGAGAGGUAGCCAGUGGUAUCUCUGCAGGCCACAAGAAAUUACUGGAGUCUCAGAGCAACGUGACCAUUUCUCACAUCACCAGUGACCCGUGUCUCACCAGCCCCUGUCAAAACGGGGCAACGUGCAAGGAAAACAUUUACAUCAGCCAGGAUGUCGCUGUUCUGGAGAGCACGGCGGUCAUUUUUGUGUCACCGCAGAAAGAGGUCUUUAAUUGUACCUGCCCAGCCGGCUUCACCGGGUCGCUGUGUGAAGAUGACAUUGACGAAUGUGCGGUGCAUCCCUGUGAGAAUAACGGCACGUGUGUGAACGCUUUAGGAGGUUUCCACUGUCACUGUCUGAGUGGCUUCUCCGGAUCUGUCUGCUCUACUGAUGUAGAUGAAUGCCUGAAGCUGAAGUGUCAGAAUGGAGGAACCUGUAUUCCCACUCAAGGCAGAUAUCACUGUCAGUGUGUGCCUGGAUUUGAAGGAGAGACGUGUGAACAGUUGACAGACCACUGUAGAUCAACCCCCUGUGUUCAGGGCAGCUGCAUCAAUUCACAGGCAGGCUUCUCUUGUCAUUGUCCCUUUGGAGUCAGUGGAGUCCGCUGUGAGGAGCACAGCUAUGGCUUUGAGGAGCUGUCCUUCAUGGAGUUUCCCCCGUUGGAUCGCAGGACUAAUUUAAUCUCUCUAGAGUUUGCAACGGUGCAGAGGAACUCCCUGCUCCUGUACAACCCUGGAGGAUCGUCCAGCAGGGAGUUCUUCGCAUUGGAGAUACUGGACGGCGGCCUGCGGCUCUCUUACGACCUGGGCUCUGGACCCGUGAGGCUGCACACAAACAAGCAAGUGGCAGAUGGAGAUUUUCACAGUGUCACAGCUAGAAGGAUUGGAAAUAUGGGUUCUCUACACGUGGACAACUGCACAGAUGUUGGGAACAAAGGACUUUGUUUUUCACAGAGUGAUGGCAGAAGCUUAGAGAGGACAUUGGAUGUUGGUAGUAAUAUGACGUUUGGAGGGCUGAGGACUUUUGAAGCUGUUUCUCUGCAUCCCGCUCAGAUUAAAACCCAUGACUUUGUUGGAUGCAUUCGCAGCAUUCAUGUGAAUGGCAUCCUGCUGAGACAUUCAGUGGCCCUAGCAACAUAUAACAUCCUUGAUACGUGUCCUCGGGCAACACCAUCACCAUGUCACAGCAACCCAUGUAACAACGGCGGCAUGUGCCAUGACCUUUGGUCUGACUAUCUUUGUGAGUGCAAAAGCCCUUUUACUGGAAGCAACUGUGACAAAGUAGAAAUGUCAGACGACCUUGUGCUGCGGUUUAAUGGGAACAAUUACAUUGAGUAUGUCAUCAGGGAGCGAUUCAGGAGAGAAUACCUGCUUAAAGAGAAUGAAAAAGAGGAAAACACCAGAGACCAAACAGUUAUUAGCAUUAAGUUCAAGACCCAAAAUAAUGGAGUGCUGAUGUUUAUUGCUGGACAGACGGGACACGUUAUGCUGAAGAUAAAAGACAGAAAGCCUGUGUACAUUUCCAAGGACACAUUAUCAGGACACGUGUCAGAGUUCGCUGUGGCCCUUCCUGUGGCUGACGGCGUCUGGCAUGUCCUCUCCUUGUUCAGCAAUGGACAGAAAACUUUCCUGCUUCUGGAUGGUAAACUAGCCUUGAACAUCACUGACCGGAGUCUGGAUCUCACCCCUGUUAGUGUGGAGAAGAUUAUCAUUGGUGCAGCUCUGACGGGUGAUUUACAGCUCCAGCAGUCAGGAUUCGCGGGAUGUGUGCAGUAUUUCAACGUGACCGGUUACACUCUGCCUGUCAGUGGACACAGUGUGAUGAUGGACGUCUGGCCAAGCUCGACUCUCAUCCAGUCGAGCUGCAGCUCUCCGGGCGUCUGCCUCCCUUCGCCCUGCUCUGAGGAGGACACACCGAGGACAAGUCCAAAGCAGUGGAGAUGUGGACCUGCUGAGCAGAACAGCACCUCCUGCAUCUGUUUGCAUAAUGUCUCCGACCACCCCUGUGAUAUCUGCAUCUCUGCAACAGAGAGCCGUGAGCAGUGCUCUGAGUCGCAGAGCAGCAUGCCUCUGUGGCUCGCAGCUGUGAUUCUUCCCCUAAUCUCCAUCCUGGUGAUCAUAGCGAUGUUUGUCGCUCUUUACAGAGUGAGGCGGCGGAAUGCAAUGUGUCAGAGCGAGAGCCCGCCAGAGAAAACAGAACAAGGCACAGACAACGUGGGGUUUUGCUUUGAUGACAACAGAACGCUCGUAGGUGCUGUUGAACGACAGAAACAACAUGACCCGAUGAGUGCUGACGAGCAGAGAGGAAGUGUGGAGUUUUACUGUGAUGCCAGUCUGACAAGUGUUCAGCCAGCGCCCAGCGGUGAGCCGGAGUAUUAUGAAAUCGGCAGCAUCUCUAGUGCAUUUCAUUCGGACACUGCCUCGCUGCAGCUCAGCUGGCACAAGCAUGCUUACAGCACAAAGCGUGUGAAAGCUGAACCUAGACGGUGGGGGGAUUUGAGGAUGCUGUUAGCAGGAUUUAAGAAAGAAGGCUCCAGUGAAGAGAGGGCAUCGAAGCCUCAGAAUGUGGCCUCUCUAAACAAGCUGUUGUUGACUGGGACUGAUGCUGAGCCGUCUCAGCACACAGAGCCUUGUCACAUGAAGGUGUUCCUACAGCCAGAGUACCUGGAACCUGUACAAUGCCUCACUUUUGAGGAAAUUAGUAAACUGAACACUCCUCUGGAUCACACCAUGCCACAUCGAGCAUCCCCACACCGGCGCACCACGAUGAUCAACAAUGUUUCAUCUGACAGUGAAACAGACAGCACAAUAACCGGCACAGUGUCUGAGUGCGGACCGUUUUCCAUCAUCAGUGCCGGGAAAUACAUACAUGAGCAGUCAUCCCUCAGACAACAAGGCAUCUUGCCUGUCAGCUCAGUCUUCAAACACACCUCUCAGUCUGCUGCUGGUCAGCAGGAAGCCGAGGGUCCUCCCUCCCGUAUGUUCGAGCAGUGGGAGAGUACUUUAAAUAUGCACCUACCUUUUAGCUGCUAUGCUCCAGUAUUUGAGGAUAUUGCACGUCUACCAGCUGAACCCAGUCAUAGCUAUGAUGUGCAAAGUGACAUAGAGGAAAUUAUUUGAUGGUGUGAAGCUAAAGAGUCAGGUGAAGAGUUAGGUUUGAUUUUCUAUUUUAUGUUGUGUUAUAAAAUCGUGCCUGUGGCCUGAUUAGGUUUACCAAAAUACCCCCCCCCCAAAAAAAAAUAUCAUAGUUUUUAGAUUAAUUAUUGACUGCAAUGGUGGUGAAAACACAUCCUCCACCACAGCACACCUCCAGAUUUCUUCAUCUCAUGCUUCGAAAUUAAAGAUGGUGAUCAGAGUUGGACUCACUCUGUUUGAGCAAGUCCUGAUGGUUUGGCUCUAUCUAGUGGACAAACUCAAGCCUACAUCCAGAGGCACUCUGUAUAGAUUGUGUUUAUUGACAGAAGCACACAUACAUCGGUGGAGUGCAGUGUUGGCUCAGGUUAUGGUGAAGCAUCAGGAGCACUCAGAUAUUCUGCAGACUGCCCAUGAUAUUAUCCUGCAGAAUGAUUUCUCUGAUACGAUCAAUAAUAUUGUAAAGAAAAAUGACCAGAUGCAUCUCAGCUCAAGGGAUUUUAUUUUGCAUUUAAGUGCGCGAACAAUCACUGUUUUAGAUAUCAAGAACUACAAACAGUCAGGAUGGAUUUAUAUCAUAAAAAAGUUGAUUUUAUAUUCAUCUGUAUCAAUUUAGCACUUGAUGUCACUCUGCUAAAGAUCUCCAUCAAAUACAUGAAUGCUUAUAGAAAAAGACAUGGGAUUAAAAGAACAUUUGAAAUGAAAAUAGCUACAAGUACAUGUUGUAAUAUAAUAUGCUGUGAUUUUGUACAACUGCUACCUUGGCCCAGUCUCUCUUGUAAACAAGAUUUUGAUCUCAAUGAGAGUUACUGUUAAAAUGAAAGGAAAAGAAAAAAAGGAUGGAAUCAACAUGAAUAAAACUCAUC